AUGCUCCGUCAAACCAUCACCAAGCCUCUCACCACCACCGCCUUCACGCGCUCCUUCUCUGCUCUUGCCCCCAGAAUGGCUGGAGGUGACACCGGUGCUCCCCGGUCUGGCGGCGUUCAAUCAGGCGACGCCUUCACCAAGCGCGAGGCCGCCCAGGAAGCCCGCUACAUUCAUGAGAAGGAAUUGGAAAAGCUCCAAAAACUGAGACAGAGCAUCAAGGAACAGCGCGAGCACCUUGACAAGCUCGACCAGCACAUCGACGAACUCACCAAGAACCAGGGCGGCGAGCAGAACUAGAUUGUGUGCAUACUCAAUACCCCUCACCUCUUCAACUUCGGUUGUCUUUCCUACAUGAACAACACAUACUAUAUCCUCCGCGGAAUAACGAUAUGACUUGCAAUGUUGAUGUGAUGGUCUUUUCGAUGUCAUGUUAGCAUAUGGUUUCAGCUACUUAGUCGAAGCCAAAGACGUUACUGUGACCGAAGUAUUGGAUUGCUUUGCUCCUUGUGUAGACUGAAUCAUGGUCCAUUUAAUGCUCGACGGCUUUGCCUUAAACUCGUACCUCUACUCACCAGAGUGCUGAGUAGGCAGUAUACAUUGACAUCAUUAAAUUUUACAACCCAUCUUCCACGCAUACUACAUACCUUCCGAGUAAUAAGUUACUCUGUUAUUCUUCAUUAACAAUCCC